UGUGCCUUGCCUGAGUUGUUGUCUGGCUGUCUUGUUGAGACGUUAACAGAGAAAUUUCCGAUCAGUUCAAGUUUUUCAUUUGUGUUGAACGCUACGUGAACGCAAGAAAAUUCGUCGCCCAGUCUAACGUGCUGUAACAAACGAACCAACGAACGUGCUGUAAAGAGUCAAGCAAACAAAAGAAAAAAGAAAAGUAAAUCAGAGUCGAAUAAAAUAAGCGGAAAAGUGUCAAGCAUUUAACAAAAAAAAAAAAAAAAAAAGAACAACACCAAGUGCGAGAGUGCACGACUAUUAUAACGGUGAAGCCAUUUAUCUGCGAAUGUGCCAUGCUGUAUACAUAAAUAUAAUACAUAUAUAUACAGCAAAAACAUAAAUAUUUUAUAAAUACGACGAAAGUGCGUUCAGUAUUGAAAAAUAUAAUCAAUUUUAAAUACGAGUACUAAAAUCGAAGCUAAAAAUACUAAAUAUUUUACGAGCAAAAUAUAAUACGAAAAUUUUGCAUCAUUUUUCCAACGAUAUUUCAAUGUGUGCGUACUAAUGUUUGUGCCGUCGAAUUACAAUAUUUACUAAGAAAAUUAAAAAAUAAAAAAAUACGAACAUUUGUUUUAGAAAUGUGACUUACAUAAGUGAGUGUGUGUGUGUUUAAUUUCUGCGAUCUGAAAUAAACAACAAAACUCAACGACAAAUCUUACUGGUGGUGUUGUUGAAAAUCAAUUGCCCUAAAAGAAGAUACAGAAACCCAAACUAAUUGCGACGAAAACAAAAACGUUUAAAAGAUUUUUCACUUCAAUUUUUUUCUGAACAACGAAAAGGACGUUACGUGAAAAAACAGCAAAAGCGCGAUCGACAUUGAUUAAUUGUUAAUCAAAAGUUUAACUCAUUAACCUUGACCUAACUGACUUUGACCGCCGACAAUUUCGUGUACGUUCGUCCAAGAUGAGCUUAAUCGAAAGCGGACGUUAUCGGUUGCGGAAAGAUUGGGCCAGCGCCUCCAUACCGUCAUUGGUCGAUAUCGAUGAGCAUGUGAGCGAUGAAGUGGAGAAUUCAAUAAACAUCACCACGCCACUACCGCCACCAAAGCCACCGCGACGCAGCUCAUUGGCCUUGGGCUUGUUCUCCAGCAAAGGCGACAAGAGCCAGAAGAGACGCAGCUCGAUUGCAGUCUCAUUUCUGCGGCGAGACAGUAAUAAGAGCUCAACCAAAGAUUCAUAUGAAUCAGUUGUGAAACACGAAAAGAGUGAUGGCUCAACCUUACCGGUUAGUUCUGAACUUAUAUACACCUCGGAGGAAAGUGUGCGCGCCUCCUCGCCUAUGGAACCGGGCAAAGUGACCUAUUUCGAUGAUGGCUCCACUCUGAGACCCAUAGUGAAGGGCAUAAAUAAUCCUUAUGAUUCGCCCGUCGACAAAGAGCGUAAUCGUCGACGACGCAGCUCACUGCAGGCAAAAUUGGAGCGACAUCGCCGCAAAAACAACGACAUUAGUCAACUCAGCAUUGACACCAGCAUGCCGAGCAGCUCACAAAGUGAAUUGACCAAUGGCAGUAUGUCUGGCAAUGGCAGUGGUAUGGGCUCAUCUUCGGGCGAUCUUUCGUACGGUGAGACCGAUCCAAAUCACUCGCCAUAUUUUCCGCGUCAAAAACGUCAUUCAUGGUGGAAUAUCUUCGUGCCCGAGAAUUUGAAGAGCAGGUCACGUAGGGCUAGUCAAGAUGUUUCGCUUAUGUCACGCAGUGUUGACAAUUUAGCCGUGCCAGUGCGUCGGAGCAAAUCACGUAGCGUUGAUCACGGCUUAGCUGCCCCAUUCGAUUUGGACUCACUGCGCUCCAAGGUGGAAGGACGCUUCGAAAGUGUCGAUCGAUUGACAAAUGAGCGCAAAAAGUCAUCGUUGCCCACCAUACCAACCAUAUCCUAUACGGUCGGCAAUCGUGAUACCCUGACUUCGGUGGCCGCACGCUUCGACACCACACCUUCAGAGUUGACACACAUCAAUCGUUUGAACAGUUCAUUCAUCUAUCCGGGCCAACAGUUGCUGGUACCGGAUAAAAGUGCGGCAGCCAAGAGUGAUUCUGUUAGCGGCAGUGCGACUGGUAUCGACGAGAAGGGCUCCAACGCCAGCAUUUCGGGCAAAUCGAGCCCCAUCGAACGCAAGUUAUCAUCUACCGACGAGCAGAAUGAUGAGAACGACAUACUUGAAGGUCUUCGCCCGGGAUCACCAAAGCCGGGACACAUUGAACGCGUCGACUCCACAAAGAGCGCCGACAACGCACAGACCGAUGCCAACAAGAGUGAUGAUCCUGUCAUCACACAACGUUUCCUCAAAAUCAAUGUACGCCAUAUCACCGAUGGACAAGGUGUUGUCGGUGGUGUCCUUUUGGUCACACCCAAUGCCGUUAUGUUCGAUCCGAACGUUUCUGAUCCGCUAGUAAUUGAACAUGGACCAGAGAGUUAUGGUGUAAUUGCACCAAUGGAAUUGGUCGUCAAUGCGGCAAUCUUUCAUGAUAUAGCGCAUAUGCGCGUGUCAGGCGGUGUGAAUACUGAGCAAAAUGAAAAUGCCGAAAUCUACUAUCCAAAAGCAGUAUUAGAAGCGCAACAGGCUAAAGAGGCCAAAGAGGAAGAGGCGGGCGAAGAGGAUGGUGGUUCGGCCAAACAACGUGCGGAAGGUGGUUCGAUGGAAACAUGUGACGAUCAGGAAUCUUUGUGCUCGCACACGGGCGAACGUGAUCAGAAAGAUGACGAGAAGGGUGUGGAAGCCAAAGAAAGUGCUAAGACUGAUAAUGAUGAUGAUGAUGGUGCGAAAACCAACAAAACUGCUGACGAAGCUGACGCUGAUGAUAUGAAGAAAAGCCUUAAUCUAUCCGAUACGCGUACCACUCUGGAGGAACGACGCAAAAGCCUAUUGGACCAUCACUGGGCCAUACCAAGCAAGGAUCGCUUUUAUUAUCUUAAUUCUCGAAGAUCAUCGGAAGACGAGGGCGACAACGAAUCGCAAACGACCAUCGAUAGUGGCGCUCGUGGGCAGGAUCCACACUCGGCCACCUCCUCGAUCAGCGGUGUUGGUGCAGUCAGUGGUGUCGGUGUGAGCGUGCCUGGCGGUUUGGCUCCCGCCGAUCUGGAACAUUUGGAGGAAUUAUCGAAGCAAUCGUGCUACGAUUCUGGCAUCGAUAUACGCGAACCCAUACCAAAUUUGCAGCCCAUACCAAAGAAGACCGUCUACAGUGACGCCGAUAUUGUGCUGAGCUCCGACUGGGUGCCGCCGAAAACCAUCUCACCGUCAUUGAUGAGCGAAUCGCCGCCGCGCAGCUCCGUGCUGAGCGCACAAAGUCUCGACGCGGGCUCGGGUUCAGGUGGUGGACGUAAGAAGACCUCUAGCGUUAGCUUCAGCGUUGACGACAACAAUGGCGAGCAACAAGCUGCUGCGGCAGUGGCGGCAUCGGCGGCGGCGACAGCCAAUCAGAGUGACAAGAAUGCCGAAAAGAAAAAUAAAAUGUUGAAACGCUUAUCGUAUCCAUUGACAUGGGUUGAAGGUCUCACUGGCGAAGCAGGUGGCCCUCCGGGCACUGGUGGAAGCCUCGGCAAGUCAGCGGAUUCUGAAUCGGCGCCCAAUACGGGCGACUCGAAUCAGAGCGUAUUUUCGAAAGUAUUCUCAAGACGCUCAUCGAUUGGCACAUUUAUGCGUCCACAAUCGUCGGAGGGCACUGCUUCCACAACGAAAUUGAAGGAUGUUAAACCGCAACCCAAAUUAGAUUACCGAUCGAUGGUAUCAGUUGAUGACAAACCGGAGUUGUUCAUUAGCGUUGAUAAAUUGAUACCACGACCGGCUCGCGCCUGCCCGGACCCACCAUUGUACUUACGCCUACGCAUGGGCAAGCCCACUGGCAAGGCAAUACCGCUACCGACCUCUGUUAUGUCGUAUGGCAAAAAUAAACUGAGACCUGAAUACUGGUUUAGUGUACCUAAAAAUCGCGUCGAUGAAUUGUAUCGCUUCAUAAACACCUGGGUGCAACAUUUGUACGGUGAAUUGAACGAAGAGCAAAUCAAGACGCGUGGCUUUGAGCUUAUCCAAGAUGAUACCGAGUGGACGAAGAGCGGCACCACUAAGGGUGGCCGCAGCGGCAGUCAAGAAAAUGAGGAGAUCAGUGACUUGACUCGCGAGUCGUGGGAGGUGUUGUCUAUGAGCACAGAUGAUUACCGCAAGGCUUCAUUAUUUGCUACCGGUUCCUUUGACCUGGAUUUCCCCAUACCAGACCUAAUUGGCACAACAGAAAUCCUCACAGAAGAGCAUCGUGAAAAACUUUGUGGACACCUACCUGCACGUGCUGAAGGCUAUUCGUGGUCAUUGAUUUUCAGCACAUCCCAGCAUGGCUUCUCGCUGAAUUCGCUCUACCGAAAGAUGCAGAAACUCGAAAGUCCAAUCCUAAUUGUCAUACAGGAUACAGAUAAUAAUGUGUUUGGCGCAUUAACGUCCUGCUCCCUGCACGUCUCCGACCACUUUUACGGUACCGGUGAAUCGCUAUUAUACAAAUUUAAUCCCAGCUUUAAAGUGUUCCAUUGGACCGGCGAGAAUUUAUAUUUCAUUAAAGGCAAUAUGGAGAGUUUGUCAAUUGGUGCUGGAGAUGGUCGAUUUGGUCUUUGGCUGGACGGUGACCUUAAUCAGGGACGAUCACAAUCCUGCAGCACAUACGGGAAUGAGCCACUCGCACCGCAAGAAGACUUUGUUAUCAAAACACUCGAAUGCUGGGCAUUUGUUUAAAAUUUUCUAGUAGAAAUAUUAGAAAAGUAACUAAAACUAUAUUAAUUAGAAAACAACUAUAAAGGCAAACAAACAAGCAAGCAAGCCACAAUUAUCUUUGUGUAUCACCCAUUAUAACAAAAGUUUAAGCAAAUACAAAAACAGAACCUAAGUGAAACUUCUCAAAGUGGAGCAGCAGAAUUGAAAACACAAGCAGCCAUUAAUACGCAGCGAGCGGCAACUGUGGCACGCUGCGGCGAGGGCAAUAAUUCGUAUCUGCAAUAAAUAAUAAAUACCUAAAUACAAUUAUAUAUAUAACCUAGUAAUAUUAUAAUUAUUUAAUAAGUGCUGAUGAUGAGCAAGUUGUUUAGAUAAAAGAAGAAGGAAUUGUUAUUAUUUUUAUACAUAAUGAUAAAUUUCAUGUGUGUGAAGAACAUUUUUCACCCAUACAUGUAACGCAACAUAUAACGAUAGCCUUAAAAUCACACAUGUAAACACACAUAAUCCCUAGAGGAGAAGAAAAAAUGCAAUGCAUACAAUUAUACACAUACACAUACAACUUUAACAUAUAUCAUAGACAUAGAAAUUAUUUUAUGCGAAUCGUGUACAUUCAUAUUUACAUAAAUGCAGUGUCAUUACUUGAUUUAAGUUGUUCCAUUUUAAGGCUACAAGAAAAAUGUAAAGGUCGACUUUUCAAAAAUCGAUUGCUCUACAAUAGUUCGUAAAAGCCCUUCUCUAGGUAGAUUAACUGUGACGCAAAUUCGCAAAGAAUUAGCUUGAAUUGUAUUUUGCUUGCACGCAGGGGAAAUCUGCUUUACGAGGCCGAGAUUUGAUAGGCAAAUAUUGUUUUGAAGAGAGCGACUAUUUAGUUUAAAAAUGUAUUUAAUCAAAUUAUUGUUGCGAAUUGUGCAGCGCAGAAUUUUUUUAUUGAAUUGUGCGCAAGAGGAAUAGUAUUAAAAAUAUUUUGAAAUAAAAUUGAGUAAAGCUCCACAAAGAGCUGUAGUAAAUUGUUGAAUGAAAAAGUGUUUAAUUAUCAUUGGGAUUCUAACUAAUUAAGAAUGUGUCGAAGAAAGUGUACAACAUAAAAAAUUAAAUAAGUAAAUAAACAUGAGAAGCGGUAAAACCGUCAUACGCAACGCAGCAAAUAGCGCGUUUCGAAUUUCUGUGGAAUUAAUUCGUUCUUCAGCUGAGUACCAGGGGGUUUGUGUAACUCAAAUUCAAACACUUUUAAAUUGACCCAACCCAACUGUAACCCAAUUAUUUUAGAGUUAAUACAAAAUAAAGAAUAUUUAAAAUGGUAUAUAUAUGUAUAUAUAUAAAUGGUUAUUUAGAGACCCAGAGCAGAGACGUAAUAUUUGCUGUUGCAUCCAGAGCUUUGAGAAGACAGAACAUACAUACACUUACAUACAUACAUAUGACACAGGAAGCUUAUUUUUGGUGGUAACAAUGAAAUGAAUUAUAAAAAAAUGUAAAUAGGCAAAUAUUGUUUUGAAGAGAGCGACUAUUUAGUUUAAAAAUGUAUUUAAUCAAAUUAUUGUUGCGAAUUGUGCAGCGCAGAAUUUUUUUAUUGAAUUGUGCGCAAGAGGAAUAGUAUUAAAAAUAUUUUGAAAUAAAAUUGAGUAAAGCUCCACAAAGAGCUGUAGUAAA